CACCGGUCCGGCCCCGGCAGGGCGGGGUUUGCCGUCUGCUCCUCCCUCCCGCCUGCUUUUCCCCUAGUUAUGGCGUCCCCGGCCCUGACCUUCGUCCGGAGGCUGUGCUGGCGGUCGCCCUGCGGAACAAGGCCAACACAAGCUGUUUGUGUUCCAGCCAUUCACCUGCACAUGACUGCAGCCACCAUGCAGGUCAGCCAGAAGGACUUCCAAAAGGCUCAAGAACAGCUGAAACUUUUGAAAAAGGAUCCUGGGAAUGAAACUAAGUUGAAACUCUAUGGCCUGUUUAAACAGGCUACUGAAGGUCCCUGCAAUGCACCAAAACCAGGUAUGCUGGACUUUGUCAAGAAAGUCAAGUGGGAUGCAUGGAACUCUCUUGGCAAUAUGUCUCAGGAUGAUGCCAGACAGAAAUAUGCAGAACUUGUCUCAAGUCUGGUCUCUGCAGAAUCUGCUAGCCAGAAGAAAGAGGCUUCCCCAGAAGAGGGCAGACAUGAUGGCUACGAAACAAUAAUAGUUACUACCAAAAACAAUAUCACAAAGAUAAUGUUUAACCGACCUGAUAGGAAAAAUGCCAUCAACCAUCAGAUGUACAGAGAAAUUAUCAAAGCUCUUGAAGAAGCUGGAAAAAAUGAUUCUACCAUAGCAGUUAUUACUGGAAAUGGAGACUACUAUAGUAGUGGAAAUGAUCUGAAUAAUUUCACUAAUAUCCAGCCUGGUGAAGUGGAGAAGAUGGCAAAAGAUGGAGCAGUAUUACUCAAAGAGUUUGUGGGUCAUUUUAUUGAUUUUCCCAAACCACUGAUUGCAGUGGUAAAUGGCCCAGCUAUUGGAAUCUGUGUAACAGUCCUUGCUUUGUGUGACCUUGUCUAUGCUUCUGACAGGGCUACAUUUCACAGCCCAUUUAGUCAACUUGGGCAGAGCCCAGAAGGAUGUUCCUCUUACCUGUUUCCAAAAAUUAUGGGUUUAGCCAAGGCAAGUGAGAUGUUGCUUUUCAAUAAAAAGCUGACUGCAGCAGAAGCCUGUGCCCAGGGACUUGUGACUGAAGUCUUCCCUGACAUGAGUUUUCAGAAGGAAGUUUGGGCAAGAUUAGAAGCUUAUGCAAGCCUCCCCAAAAAUUCCUUGGCAGUGUCCAAGCAGCUGUUACGAAGCAUGGAAAAGGAGAAGCUCCAUGCAGUCAACAGUAGAGAGUGUGAAGUGCUAACAGAGAGGUGGUUGUCUGAUGAAUGUGUAAAUGCUAUUGCCAGCUUCUUCCAGAAGAAAUCAAAACUCUGAUCUUCUCCAGGAGAGUAAUUUGCCAUCUGGCAGUAGCCUAAUCUGCUCUCAUCAUUAAUAAACUUUCUCUUCAAAUAGUAAUUCUUAUACCUUUUCAUGUGCCGUAUCUCUGUUCUGAAUACUAGGUUAAACCUGGUUCCCAAAACUGUUAUGUGCCUUGGAUCCAUUGUGAAUAUUUAGGUUGGGGAAAAAGGUUGAUUAUUCUGUAGGUGUCAGUGAUGUUUAUGAAUAAUACUAAAGCAGAUUCUUCCAAAAGUAGCAAGAGAUUCUGUAGCACUCUAUUUUGAUAGCUCUGAAAUAAAUGUCAUAUGAAUAAUACUUUUUAUUUGUCUGUGGGGAAGGAAAUACUGUAUUAAUAAAAAAAAAUAAAUAGAAAUAUUUAAUUAC